CUUUGUACACAACACGAUACACUUCUUCCUGCUACACCAUAAGCAUCGUAAUAGACAAAGAUGGCCGAACAAUGGGCAACAUCUUCAAAUUCUGCACUUCGUAUCAAAUUGUUAGAUUCAGAACAUCUUUACGAUGAAGCAACAUUUCAUCCAACGUUCACUUAUCCAAUCUAUGGAGAAGCAGAGACAAUCUAUGGAUAUUCAAACUUACAAGUUGAAUUAGGACUCAAGAGUGAUUCACUCUUAUCUGCUUUGACGAUCAAAUAUGAUGCAAAGUUGGAAAGUAAGACGGCAAAAGUUGAUGAUCCAAAAGCUGCAUUAAUGGAAUACUUGCCGAAAGAGGAUGUUUGUGAAAAUUUGAGCGAAUUGGAACAAUUGUCUGCAUCCAAACCUGCUUUUAAGCCUCUCGGACAGAAGAUCCACACGUACACACGCACGACAAAGCCGUCAAACGGGAAGGGUAAAGGUAAAGCACAGGAUCGCACGAUUAUUGGACGAUCAUCCUCUAAUGCAGGUGUAGGUGCUGCCGCUGCUGCUGGUCAAUCAGUACGUACAUUUGAAGUGUAUCAUUGCGAUUGGAAUACGCCAGGCUUUCGCGAAUACCACAGACGGAUGCAAUUAUUCACGUUGCUAUUCAUCGAAGGAGCAAGUUAUAUCGAUGAAGGUGAAAAGAAUUGGGAGUUCUUGGUUGUGUAUGAAGUUACACCUGCAACGUCUAAAUAUCACUUUGUCGGAUAUACAAGCUUGUAUAACUUUUGGUUUUAUCCUUCUUGGCAUCGAUUACGUCUUUCGCAAUUUGUCAUCCUUCCGCCUUUUCAAGUGCAAGGACAUGGUUCGGAAUUGUAUGGUCAGGUAGUCAAAUUGGCAAAAGAACGUGAUGAUAUCGUUGAGCUAACGAUUGAAGAUCCAUCAGAAGCUUUUGAUCGCUUACGCGAUACGAACGAUCUCAAGAGACUUCUUUCACCCGAAGAUGGGUUUUUGUUACGAGCAAAAGAGCAUGUCAAAGGCGGUGCUUUGCGUGCUCCAGUUGAUAAAAAGUGGUCUGAAUCAGAACGUUUACGUCACAAGAUUGCCAAAAGACAAUGGGACAGAUUAGUGGAAAUGUGUAUGUUAAUGAUGUUAGACGAACAAGAUGAAGAACAAAUAACCAAAUUUCGAUUACAAGUAAAAGCACGUGUUUUUACAUUCAAUCGUGACGUUUUACAACAAAUGGAACAUGAAGAACGUAUUGCAAAAUUACAAGAAACAUUUGAAAGUGUUAUGGACGAAUACGGUCAAUUGACCGGAGUUGAUGUUGAUACAAUCAUCGAAUCAGGUCUUGAACCUGAACAUCAAAAUGGAAGUGGACCGGCUGCCAAAGUGGCCAGACUGUAUUGAAUAUUGUUAAUGUACAAUUGUAUGAUGGUGAUUCCGGGUUUGUGUUUGCGUGAUAGAUUUUAAUACAACAGUGCAACAUCUACUCGAUAUCCCUGCCCUUCCCAUCGAUUUUCUGCGUCAUCUUCGACUUCACCCAAGAUGCGAUUAGAUUCUUGUCCCGGUACGGUAUCGCUUGGCAAGACGGCAGGUUGCGUAGGAUCCGAUUGUUCAAGUGAUACGGUAGUACCGGGAUGGGUUCCUGCUCGUGAUUGGUGUGCUGUGAAUAACUUUCUUUGUCGAUCUUCUUCCAUUUUUGUCAAUUGUUGUGCAACCCAUCCUACAUCUGUCAAAGGCGAUAAAUCGUUUGGCUUGUACGGCGGCAAUCUUGAUCGAAUAGCAGUGUAAGGUUCUUCUAAUCCGCUGCAUUCACGAAUCACGCGGAACGGUGAGGCCAGAGCGGGCGUUGAUUGUGAUUGAGAGUCGA